UGUCAAAAAAAUAUAGAAUAUUCAAAUGAUGUUAUUUUCUGCCAACAAUCAUCUCCCGUGGCCAUAGCUUCGUCUGUCACCGAUCCGUCGCCGGGCUACUGCCGGAGUUAGUCCAGAAGACAUCCACUCAUACGAUGGAUUCCUUCAUUUCGGGCCUUUAGGGUUCGCCGGAGUCCCGACCCUUCCCGCCGACGGUGAUCCCAUGCUCGCCCCGUCGAUCGAUACUGUUUGUGGAAGAAAGAAACUGGCGUUUGUUCUCACCUUCAUUGAUUAGCGCCUCCAAGUGAUCACUAUUCCUCAUGGUUUUAUUGAGCCACUUCCGUGAUUGACUCGAAGAUGCCCAUGUUCCACAAAUCCUGAGGAGAUUAAGAUGACUCAACCAUCAGUGAUACUUGCAACUGCUAGCUAUGAUCACACUAUUAGGUUUUGGGAGGCCAAAAGUGGUCGCUGUUACCGAACUAUACAGUACCCAGAUUCUCAAGUCAAUAAACUGGAGAUUACCCCAGACAAAAGAUAUUUGGCUGCUGCUGGUAAUCCUCACAUACGAUUGUUCGAUAUCAAUUCAAACAGCCCUCAACCAAUAAUGAGUUAUGAUUCACAUACUAACAAUGUAAUGUCAGUGGGGUUUCAAUGUGAUGGGAACUGGAUGUAUUCAGGGUCUGAGGAUGGCACAGUAAAAAUAUGGGAUUUGAGGGCUCCUGGCUGUCAGAGGGAAUAUGAAAGUCGUGCAGCAGUUAAUACUGUUGUUCUACAUCCAAAUCAGACUGAACUGAUAUCUGGAGAUCAAAAUGGUAAUAUUCGUGUUUGGGAUUUGACGGCAAAUUCAUGCAGCUGUGAAUUGGUGCCAGAAGUGGAUACAGCUGUAAGAUCGUUGACGGUUAUGUGGGAUGGGAGCCUGGUAGUUGCAGCAAAUAAUCACGGCACAUGUUAUGUCUGGCGCUUGUUACGUGGCACCCAGACGAUGACAAACUUUGAGCCACUUCAUAAACUUCAAGCACACAAGGGAUACAUUCUCAAGUGUCUUCUUUCACCUGAGUUCUGUGAACCCCACCGAUACCUUGCCACUGCAUCUUCUGACAGCACUGUCAAAAUCUGGAAUGUCGAUGGUUUCACAUUAGAGAAAACUCUUAUCGGACAUCAACGCUGGGUGUGGGACUGCGUCUUCUCAGUAGAUGGUGCAUAUCUUAUAACAGCUUCAUCUGACACUACCGCAAGACUCUGGUCCAUGUCAACUGGAAAAGAGAUGAAGGUUUAUCAAGGUCAUCACAAAGCAACUAUCUGCUGUGCCCUUCAUGAUGGAGCUGAACCAUCAUCGGGUUGAAACGGGAGCGUUGAAACGGGAGCGACGUUUAUAAUGUGCGGUAUGCAGUCACUUCUUUGUCCAUCCUUUUGUAAAUUAUAGAGAUUUUUGGUUGAAACUCCCAGGAGGUAAUAUUUAUUUAAGAAACCAAGUAAUAUAUUCUCAGGCAAUAGUGUUGAAUAAUUUGUCAAAUCUCAACUAUGUUUUGAUCAGUGUAAGACUUGCCAAUUUUAAAUUCCUAAAAAUUUCUACCUUCGAUAA